AUGCUCGAAGACCGGUCCAGUGCUGUGGUUAACGAUAUUCGCGCGUACACUAGCGCGGCUAUUUAUCCAUCACUGCACAUCCGCAAUCGGAAACACGAUUUCACUGUCACACAAGCCAGAGUCGACACAAAAGUAUCACGAGUGAAACCACUGAAGACCGACGCGCGAGGCCGGCCGACCUCCACGCUGCCGAGCGCGAGUCGAAGCCUGGAAGGUGGCGAGUGGAUGGAAGUGCAGGAAUACGGUGAGAGCUGA